AACAACUAAGACAAGAAUGGUGAAGAAUACUAAAAGUAAUACUAAAAGCAAGACACCUUACAAAGGAGUGAGGAUGAGAAGCUGGGGUUCAUGGGUUUCAGAGAUAAGAGCACCAAAUCAAAAGACUAGGAUUUGGCUUGGCUCUUAUUCAACACCAGAAGCUGCUGCAAGAGCUUAUGAUGCUGCUCUUUUGUGUGUCAAAGGUUCAUCGGCGUCGCUCAACUUCCCUCACUUGUCACCGCACGGUGUGCCUGACAAUGUCGAUCUCUUAUCACCUAAGUCUAUAAAAAAAGUGGCGGCAGCAGCAGCCUCAGCGGCGGCGGCUGAGAAUACAAUCUCACUUAGUGAUCAGAAACUGAUGCCACUGCCAUCGCCGCCGCCUUUGAUAUCGUCGGAGUUUGGGGUUUUUGAGUCUCCGAAGUGCAUUGAAGAGGAGUUGUAUGGUUGUGCACUGUUUGAUACAUUGUGUGCGGAGGAGUUGGAGGAGGAUGGUUAUGUGCAUUUGUGGAGUUUUAAUUGAUUUAGUACUUUUCAUAUAUGUUCAUGGAAUUACAUGUUUUUAGGUUGUUCCAUGGACUGGUUAUAAUAUGGCAUAGACUAUAUAUGUUAAGGGUCUAGUAAUGCAAAAGAAAUGAAAUUGUAUGAAUUUUAAUAUUUAUAUAAUAUAAUUUAUGCUGUUGUUGUAUUGUAGCUAAUCUUA